AUGGCAAUCUCUCAGGUGCAUCCAGAAGGCAAAUAUAUUGUUGAUGUUGAUAAAAGUAUAGAUAUUGCAAAGCUCACACCUUCCACACGAGUUGCUCUUCGAAGCGGGAGCUAUAUGCUUCAUGUUAUUCUGCCCAGCAAAGUCGAUCCAUUAGUUAACCUUAUGAAGGUUGAGAAAGUUCCUGAUUCUACAUAUGAUAUGAUUGGCGGUCUUGAUCAGCGAAUUAAAGAGAUCAAAGAGGUAAUUGAGCUUCCAAUAAAGCAUCCUGAGUUGUUUGAGAGUCUUGGGAUUGCGCAACCAAAGGGUGUCAUUCUCUAUGGCCCUCCAGGUACUGGAAAAACAUUACUUGCUCGUGCAGUUGCUCAUCACACAGACUGUACCUUCAUUAGGGUGUCUGGUUCUGAGCUGGUUCAGAAGUACAUUGGAGAGGGUUCCCGGAUGGUUCGUGAACUUUUUGUGAUGGCUAGGGAACAUGCACCAUCCAUUAUAUUUAUGGAUGAAAUAGACUCCAUUGGAUCAGCUAGGAUGGAGUCAAGUGGCAGUGGUGAUAGUGAGGUUCAGUGCACCAUGCUUGAGCUUCUGAACCAACUUGAUGGUUUUGAAGCAACGAACAAGAUUAAGAUUCUCAUGGCAACAAACAGGAUAGACAUUUUGGAUCAAGCCCUCCUGAGGCCUGGACGCAUUGACAGGAAAAUUGAAUUUCCAAAUCCAAGUGAAACUUCCCGCUUUGAUAUUUUGAAGAUUCAUUCAAGAAGAAUGAACUUGAUGCGCGGCAUUGAUCCGAAGAAGAUCGCUGCGAGCCUCUGGAGCAGAGCUGAAGCCUCUGCAAUUAGCCAUUUAGGCAGAACUUCAGUCAGAUUUAUCUGUGUCCCAGCCAUCACUUGCUCACAGGCUGUUUGCACAGAAGCAGGAACGUUUGCCCUUCGGGAGAGAAGGGUGCCCGUCACCCAGGAGGAUUUCGAGAUGGCAGUGGCGAAGGUGAUGAAGGAUACAGAGAAGAACAUGUCUCUGCGGAAGCUCUGGAAGUGA